AAGCGAGCCAGAGCUGAAGAGUUGGUCCAAAUGGCCCAAUUUCAGUAACGAGCACAUUUUCCGCACGCUUAAUUAACGACCAACCACCGCCACGGGACAAACUAGUCAAACCACCACUACUCACGGCGGGUGACACCCAAUUGUGAGCUGAUGGCCAGUCUCAUCGGCGUAUCAUCUUCCCCUUUUCCCACCCAAACCUCUCAUCUCCCCCCAUCUCGCUCUAAUUCUAUAUCUUCCCUCAUUCAACUCAAGAGAGAUUCAGCUCGGCGAUUGUUGUUGCUUCGAGUGAGCUGCUCAUCGAGAAAGGUCGAAGAUGCAGAGACAGAGUCAGAACCCAAGGUGGUGUUAUCAAAUACUUCUGCUGACACAAGCAUUUCAGCAUACAAUUGGUGUGCAGCACUUGGAGGUGUUGGGUUUUUCGAAACUUCUUACUUGACGUACCUCAAACUCACCAACUCCGAAGCAUUUUGUCCUGUUGGUGAUGGUAGCAGCUGCGGCAACAUCCUCAACAGCAGCUACUCAGCUGUGUUUGGUGUUCCUCUUCCAUUGAUUGGUAUGAUUGCUUAUGGAGUAGUUGCAGUACUUGGGAUACAAUUGGGCCAGAAAAGGACGCCGCUUGGAAUUGGUGAAGCUUAUGGGCGUUUGCUUUUACUUGGAACAAGUACUUCCAUGGCAGCGGCCAGUGCAUACUUCUUAUACAUCCUAAGCACACAAUUCUCUGGAGAAUUUUGCCUUUACUGUUUAGCUUCUGCCUUAUUGUCGUUUGGUUUGUUCAUCAGCAGUAUAAAGGGUCUGGGGUCUCAAGAGGUGCAAAAAGAGGUGGGUUUACAGUUACUUAUAGUUCUCUUGGUGGUUUCCACCCUAAACAAUUCAUACAGUGCCUCUCAGCCAACAAAUACCAGUUCUGCUAUGACUGAACUGGAAUAUUUCACAACUGAGAUAACAUCACCGUCGACACCUUUUGCUAUUUCCCUAGCGAAGCACCUGCGUUCAAUUGGAGCAAAAAUGUAUGGGGCUUUCUGGUGUUCUCACUGCCAGGAACAAAAAGAGGUCUCCUUCUUUUUGCAGUUGUGCUUUCUUAAAAUUGCAUUGAUGGGCAUAGAAACCAUAUCAUCCUCUGCUUGUAUUUAUAUAGAAUAUGAAAAUGAUUGUUUUUCUAAUUGAUGAAUUAUUUCAAUUUUGGUUGCCUCAAUGGCGUAAUGACGUCUUUUCAUUAGGCAAAAAAAAAAGAGCAUGAUUCUUAGAGAUACCAGAAGAAAACAUGGAUAAGACUUUGGUUAAGAGUCAAAGGAAAACAUGAUAUGGGUAGGAAAGAAUAUGAAUGCCCAUCAAAUUACUUGGAUGGAAUGUUAACGUCUCCCAUAAAUUUGUAACAAGAGCAUGACUAAAGGGGAAAAAAGAGGGAGCCUUAUCUUUAUUUCUUUCAU